UCAUACAGGUGGCAGCGGAAAGUUUUUGUUUCACAGGUGCAAGUUUUGAGAAGUUCGGCCUUCCGUAACGCUUAAACAGUCAAUUGUACUGCACAUUUUCUAAGUUGUUUGUCUUAAAUAGUCGUUUUAUAAGGAGUCUGAGGAUUAGAGAACAACAGAACGAUGGAUCCAGAGGCCGACGGUAUCCCGCUAGGUCAGGCGGCUCAAAGGUCUCUUGCCGUGUUUCCAGCCGGAUCCAACGGAGAAUUCAACCUGCCAAAAGAGCUGACCACAGUCCUGUCCAGAGGAAAAGACUGUUAUGUGUGGGAUGUGGACGGCAAGCGAUAUCUUGACUUCUCAAUGGGAUGGGGGACGAACCUUGUGGGGCACGCCCGGGAAGAAGUGGUCGCCGCCGUAACGGAGCAGGCCGCAAACGGCUCCAACUUCGCUUACGUCAACGAGAAAUCUCUCCAGCUAGCUGAGGAGAUCAAACGGCUGAGUCCUGCAGUGGACUAUCUCAGAUUUUGUUCGUCCGGAACUGAAGCCACUAUGUACUGUGAGAGACUCGCUAGGGCAUUCACUGGCAGGAGUAAAGUUCUCAAGUUCGAAGGAGCAUACCAUGGUGCAAACGAAACAGGGGUGACCAGUCUGUUUCCCAAGGGGCUGCUGGACUACCCAAACCCGGACCCCUCCAGCGCGGGAAUAGAACAUUCCGUGAAGGACCACGUCCUUGUGGCACCGUACAACGACCUCAGCAUGACGACAGAGAUUGUGGAACAGCACAAGGACGACUUAGCCGCCGUGAUAGUUGAGCCUUUGCACCGAUGUACCCCUCCUAUGGACGGGUUUUUGCAGGGCUUACGCGAUCUUACUAAGAAACACGGGGUUCUGUUGAUUUUCGACGAGGUGGUGACAGGCUUUCGACUGGCGUAUGGCGGCGCUCAGGAAUACUAUGGCGUGAUCCCGGACCUGGUUGCCUACGGUAAGGCUCUAGGUGGAGGCUAUCCCAUCGGUGUGUUUGGGGGUCGCGCAGAUAUUAUGAGUAUUGUGAACGAGGACCUACUGGGAAAAGACAGGCGUUACGUGUGGACGGCGUCUUCCCUGGGCUGUAACACCAUCAGCGCGUCGGCCGCCCUGGCAGCGCUACAGAUCUACCGCAGGACGGGCACGUACAAGCAACUGCAUGAUAUUGGCAGGUACGUGAGGAGCAAGAUGAAGGAAUGUUUGGAUAAAAAUGACAUCCCCGGUCAUGUGAUCGGAGACGGGCCUCUGGCACAGGUUCUGUUUACGGAAAAGCUGGUGUACAACUACCGCGAGCAAAAACUUCAGGAGAACGCCGCUAGGCGGCGGGCCAUGAUGGUGGGACUCUUCAAACGCAGCGUCUUCCUCGAGCUCAACCCCAUGGGAACCAAACUGUACCUGUCGCUCAAACACACGGAGGACGUGUGCGACCAGUUCGUGGAAAUCUUCGAUCAGACUCUGCAAGAAAUCAAGGAGAAUGAGAAAAGCGCAACAACAAACUAGAAGUGCCAAGAACUCGAACGUUCCGAAGCCAAAGAAUGCAAAAUGAUUUUACA